AUGAACUCGUCUUGCACAAUUAUAUUCACUUAUUGGGAUUCUUUGCAAUUUCAAGCGUCAUUUUCCCAUAUCAUAAUUUGUAUCACUUUUCCAAUUAACUUGUUUGGUGGAUAUUGUAUUGUAAAGAAAACACCGAGGAAUCGAAGAAGUGCCAGAUGGUAUUUGCUGCAUUUACAUGCUUGGACAAUCCUCACAGACUUGCUCAUCGGUGGUCUCGUUUGUCCAUACAUGUUUUUCCCGGUACUGGUCGGUAUUUCCGCCGGCGUGCUCAGUUGGUUUUCAGUUCCCGUGUGGAUUCAGGUGUUUUGUGCACAACUUGGAUUGGGUGGUCUCGCCACGGCUAUCGUCAUGCUUUUCGAAAAUCGCCACAAUACGCUGGUGCGCGGGAGAUUUAAAAUUGAAGCCAACUGGAUCCGAUACACAUUCUACGCCGUCAACGGAAUCUAUGCGCUUCUUUUUUUACUACCAGUUUACUUCAGAAUACCUGAUCCAGAAUGGGCAAAACUGAUUCUUCUAAAAGUAAUUCUUCCGUGCCCUCAUCCGUCAUAUUUUCAAUCGAAUGUUUUUGUUUUUUCAAUGGAUAUAUCGUCAGUUACUGGGACGGCUGGAAUAUUUUUGCUAUUUUUUCUGACAGAAGUAUUCGUACUUUGCAUCCAUUCAAGUUAUUUUCUGAUGAGCUUAAAAACACACAUGUCACCAACCACCAGAAAAUUACAACAAAAAUUCUUUAUCGAUAUGAUUUUCCAAGUUUCAAUGCCUGUCGUUGUCAUCGUUUUGCCCAUGAUCUAUUGUUUUUAUUCAAUUGUUUGGCAGCAGUAUAAUCAGAUGUUCAACAACAUUGCGAUAAUGUGCAUAUCUCUACACGGAAUGUGCUCAACCAUCACAAUGAUCUGCCUGAAUCCAACAUAUCGUCAUUUUACACUUUCCGUUUUGACGUGUUUCUAUUAUGAUCCAACUCUUCGAAGAAGCUCCGUGAUGACCGUGUCCCCCGCCACCGUUACACAACAAAAACAUUGA